CACCCCUCCCCCCCUUCCCCCCCCCUCACCCUCGGCACCGCACACGCCCAACCACCGCGAGCUAUCAUGUUCCGGAGGAAACUAACGGCUUUAGAGUAUCAUAAUAGCAGCGCGUUUGACUGUAAAGAUGACAUGGAAUUUAAAAAUGUAAUUGUCUGGCUUGAAGAUCAGAAGAUAAGACAUUAUAAGAUUGAAGAGAGAACCAAUCUAAGAAAUAUACACAGUCUUGAAUGGCCAAAAUACUUUGCGAAGUACCUCGCAGAUGUAGCAUGCCCAUUCAAGGCUGAAGAAAAGCAGGAAAGUGUUGACUGGCUUCUGGGCUUGGCUGUGAGACUUGAAUAUUCAGAUAAUGUGGAUAAAUACAAGAAUUGUACUGCAGCCAGUGUAAAAAUUGCUCCAAAAGGUACAGAUCCGCUUGUUAAUUUGGAUGCUAACAAUCCUGACUUUAAAGCUGGUGUAAUGGCAUUGGCCAACCUUUUACAAAUCCAGCGCCAUGAUGACUAUAUGGUAAUGUUGAAGGCGAUUCGUAUUUUGGUACAAGAACGUUUAAGUCAAGACGCCAUUGCGAAGUCAAACCGGUCAAAGGAGGGUUUAACUGUGUCCUUAGAAAAACAUUUUCUUGGCUUUGAUACUGGAGAUGCCACCUUGAAUGAGGCUGCAACAAUUCUGCGGUUGCUGCACAUAGAGGAGUUACGAGACCUACAAACCAAGAUUAAUGAAGCCAUCGUAGCUGUCCAGUCAAUAAUAGCUGAUCCCAAAACAGAUCACAGGCUGGGAAAAGUUGGAAGAUAAUCAACAGAUGGAAAUAGUUCACCAUUUGUAUAGCCUUUACAGUUUUUUUUUCUUUGAGAUGUGAAAGGAGAUGAAUUGUAUUGACCUGGAUAAUUAAAUUCAACUGACAUGAAUGUGAUAAAUUUUUCAAUAAAAUUGAUCCACUGUUAAAUUAACUAAUGAAAUAAAAAAGUAAGUUUGUUUUAAGCAUUAUUAAAUUGGAACAAAGCACAACAAUGUGUGGUUACAA